AUGUCCAACCCUCCACCCGCGCCCGCUGCUCCUCCGAGACGACGAUCGUCUUUUGCAUAUGAUCCUGCUCGAGACACUUUCAAAGAACUACCCGACACCAUAGCUGAACAAGCAAUUGCCGAAGAUGUCGAGGAAGAUGCAAAGACCACGGCUCCGGCAACGUCCAGUCCGGCAGCAGAAGCCGCAACGGAUCAAUCUCGAAAGCGAAGACGAUCGGAAUCGCCCGACAAAGAAGUGAAGGCUACGACUAAGGCAAAGAGACAGGAAGUUGAUGGGACACCUCUAGUGAAGAAAUCACGCGCUUCCAUUUCGCCUUCGAGACGAGACAAAUUUUCGCCCAGACCUUCAACAAAUGGAACUCUUGCCGAGAAACCCAAGCCCAGAACACCGGCAGAUCUGCCCCGAAUUCCACGUAAAACGAGAGAAGAGGGCGAAGUCUAUACAUCACGCCGCGCGCCCGACGCGUAUAGUAGACGACCGGACACCGAUGACCGUCGAAGAGACCGAAGAGACGCGCUCCCCAAACGUCGAUCACGAUCCCCUCCUCGGCGACGUUCCCCCCUAGACGCCUACCGUCGCCGCUCUCCUCCACAAGAGCGUCGCAAAUCCCCCUCCCCGAUUCGUGGCUCUCCACCACGAGAUAUAAUCCGUCCCGGCGGUGCUCGCGGUCGAGGUCGUAACGUGCUAGCCGAACAACAGCGUCUUGCUGCCGAGCGCGAGCAGAAGCAGGCGGAGCUACAUGUUCAAGUCAAUCGCGGUGUUCAAGAUGUCUCAAACCAGUUCUACAAUGCACGGCCGGAGUGGGUGAAGGAGAGGGGACGAGAUUGGCGAAGGAACGAAUCUCAAAUUAAAGGACUUCGCAGUUUCAACAAUUGGAUCAAGUCGUGCCUCAUCCACAAAUUCAGUCCGGAAGAGAAAACCGAGGAGGAAGAGUUGGGUUGGGGGGAGGAAGCGAAAGAGCCAGCAGCUCAGAAGCCACUUCUUGUCCUCGACAUCGGAUGUGGUAAAGGCGGUGACCUGGGGAAAUGGCAACUAGCUCCGCAAACUGUUGGGUUGUAUGUCGGUCUCGAUCCGGCCGAGACGAGUAUCCAACAAGCUCAUGAGCGAUAUCAACAGAUGCGACGAGGUCGCCGUCCCAUUUUCGACGCCCGCUUCGUACCGCAGGAUUGCUUCGGUGCCUGGAUUGGCGACAUCGGCAUUGUUCGCGAAGUCGGCAUCGACCCCAAUGCAGGAAAUGGCCAACCUACUCGCUGGAGCGGUGGCGGCUUUGACGUCGUGACUUGCAUGUUCGCUAUGCACUACUCAUUUGAGUCCGAAGAGAAAGUACGAAUGAUGCUCCGCAACGUGGCGGGGAGUUUGAAGAAAGGAGGACGAUUUAUCGGCGUGGUGCCGAACAGUGACGUUUGUGCGGCGAAGAUCAGAGAAUGGUUCAAGGAUAAAGAAGCGAAGAAGGCCCUGGAGCAUGGCUCCAACGAUGCCAACUCUGAGAAAGAGGACGGCGAAGCCGACGAAGAAGGCCCUCAAUGGGGCAAUGCCAUCUACAACGUCCGGUUCCCGAUCGACCCAUUGCGCCCCUUACAGCCAGAUGGUUCCUUUCGCCCACCGUUCAGUUGGAAAUACACUUACUGGAUGGCCGAAGCCGUCGACGUCCCCGAAUUCGUGGUGCCUUGGGAAGCUUUCCGUGCGUUGGCUGAACACUACAACUUGGAGCAACGCUACAGAAAGCCGUUUUUGGACAUUUGGCAACAAGAGCAAGGGAAUCGUGAGAUGGUGCAUCUAGCAGCGAGGAUGGGAGUGACCAAGCAUGAAGGCGGGGAGAUGCUGCUGAGUGAGGACGAGAAGGAUGCAGUGGCGUUCUAUCAUGCUUUUUGCUUUGUGAAGGUGUAA